AUGAGGGAGAGGGGUCAGGUGGCGUUCUUACAUGCGACUGUCCGGUGGUGUGGAGGACGAAGCGAAUGCGUCAUCCAUACCCACUCAAAAUCUGCGAACUUCAUUACCCAACUUAUCAAAGGUGAUACUUUUGAAAUUUCGCACCAAGAAUACAUCAAAGGAAUCUACGAUCCAUUUUCUGGCAAAGCUUUGAAAUACUCGGAUACGUUGACAAUUCCUAUUAUUGAAAAUAUGCCAAGUGAGAGUCAGCUUUUGGAGCCAAUAAGAGGAGUCCUCGAGAAUCAUCCCCAAGCGAUUGCAGUGCUUGUCAGAAAUCACGGACUUUUUGUGUGGGGCCCGACUUGGGAGUCGACAAAGAUCAUGACCGAAUGCAUCGAUUAUCUUCUCGAGUUGGCAAUUGAAAUGGAAAAAAUGAGCAUUCCGCUGGUCAAAGAAGGAGGAUUUGAGAAGGAGGAUAAUUUGUCGGAGAAGAUGCGAACUUUGUUGUUUAGCGACGUGGCAUCAGUCUGA